UAUCUGAUAGGCGGUAAUCUCAAAUGUAUGACUUCUAAUCCUCUAUCAGACAGGGACAGAACCGCAAAAUCAAUUCAAACUAUUCUUUAAUACAACUAACUUACGGAAAGUAAUAAAUUAUUUGGCAGGAUUCGGCUGCAUUUACUGAUAUAAUAAUUUAGUCACAGGGAAGACUGCAUAUCCUCUUCGGCUGCAUUUACUGAUAUAAUAAUUUAGUCACAGGAAAGACUGCAUAUCCUCUCCGCCAACAAAUCCAGAACUUAGAUCCAAUCUCGUUUUCCCUUCCCAUCUCUUCCUCUCUUCUCUUUGUUGAAAACUCAAAACAACGACAAUGGGAGCUCUACGCAAGGUGGUGGACGCGAUUCUAUUGCUAAUGUUGGUGCUAAUCUCGGUGGUGGCUCCCUUGCUUGACUCGCAGUCUGUUUUACCAGAGCAUAUCCCAGACCUGCUGGUUCGUUUGAAUAAGUGGUAUGCAGGCGAGUACCAAGACAUUUUCCUGCUGGAGAAGCCCCAUUUUUUCAAGGCCCUGCUCUGGCUGGAGCUUGUUUUCCAGUGGCCUCUCGCUGUGCUUAACGUUUAUGGGAUGUUGGCCUCCAAGCCUUGGUUCAACAGCACCUGCCUUAUCUUCGGUGCCUCUCUUGUUACGUCCAUGGCUGCUAUAUUAGGGGAGUUGCUGGGAUCCCCCAAGGCAUCAGAUAAACUGUUGAUGGUUUACUCCCCUUUCAUGGGAUUUGGUAUUUUAGCCAUGCUGCGAGGGCUGGUUCCACACUCCGGCAAGGCUGCUCCAACCACUGGCAAAGGACCAGCACUGGCUAGGAAAAAGAGGGCUUGAGCUAGCAAACAGAACUAGCUCUUCUUCAAAGUUGGUUAUUCUUUCUUGUCAUAUUUACAACAUAAUCGGUUUCUUUUGUAUGAUUAUUGCCCGAUUAUAAGUGCUUCUAUCUGGCUAAUGGAGAAAUGAAACUUGGACUUCCUUUUUCUCACG